AUGUCCGAACAGGCACCAUCCCCUCCCCCAAGCCGCAAUGUCGCGUCUCCAGAAGUUUUCGUUUUAGAAGCCACAGGAAAAAAAUCUAAUCCAGAAGAUAAGCCUGCAUGGGCAAAAAAGGAUAUAAGAGACUUCAGUGAUGCUGAUAUGGAAAGACUGCUUGACCAAUGGGAGGAAGAUGAGGAACCCCUUGAGCCUGACGAACUGCCAGAACACUUGCGACCUCAACCAAGUUUGGAUUUGUCCAAGAUGAAUCUGGAUUCCAACAAUCCAGAAGAACUCCUGAAGAUGACUAAGAAGGGGAGGACUCUGAUGGCAUUUGUAUCAAUUCUAGGGAACCCCACAAGAGAGGAGAGAGUGAAACAGCUGACAAAGCUGUGGCAAGGGAGUCUUUGGAACAAUCACAUACAGGCAGAGAGUCACCGGAUCAAGUCCAAUAAUCACAACCUCCUGAGCGAAGUGAUCAGAGAUGGCAGGAUUGAACACGACAUCGUCAACUAUCGGGUUGUUGGUGAUAACGUUGUCAAUGGCACAUACUCGUGUAGGAGAGUUCGCUGA